AGCGCACGGUUAAAUAAUAUGUUUAUAAUACGAAGAUAUAGUGCCUUUUUGUUUAUACUGAGUAUUAUCCUGGCUGCAGAAGCAGAGGAUAAUCAGAAAUGUGAAUAUUUUGAUUCUGUCGAUCUCGAGGAUAGUCAGAAAUAUGACAAUGGAUCCUAUUUGUACAGGGGUAUUUUAAUUCCAAGCGAAAAAGUUCAGCAAUACACAUAUCGUGAAACAGUUUUCCAGCAUAAUAAGAAGACAGUCGAACCCUAUAUGAGAGGUUGUCUCUGUCAGAUAAAAUCGUGCGUGCUGCUGUGUUGUGAACCAGAAAAGUCAAUGAGAAAUUUUGUUGUCAAUAUGACUCUUGACAAUGGUACGGAGACGCAAGUAAACGUGAUAAAUGAAUUCGAAGUGCAAGUUAAAUACGAAAUGUCGUGCGAUUUAUUAGAGAAUCCAAAUUAUGAUGAACAGGCCCAACCCAACUGGAAACUUUUUCAAGAUGGAAAACUUAAAUAUCUGUCUGAUGAUAAUGUACUAGAAAAAAAUGAGUAUUGCCUCAUGCCACAUAAAGUUUCAGAGGAAAAGUAUUAUCUAGUACCUACAACCAUUAAUCCGGAUAGCGAAAUUCAUAUCGAAAUUAACGAAACAAAUAUAAUAAGAGUAAUAACGGUUUUUUGCAUAGCUAUAAUCAUUGCUGCGUAUUGUUAUUCGCCCAAGUUAAAUGCAGGAAGUAACCGAUGUUAUAUAUAUUACUUUGUUUGCCUCGCUAAUAGCUAUAUACUGCUGUGGGUAGACUUGGAAGUAAGGGUCGAGGCCGUUAAGAAUGACUGCUAUUUGUUAGGAUAUUCUGGAUAUUUCACCAUCAUGUCGACAUUCCUUUGGCUUCUGGUAAUUAAUUUUAAUUUGUGGAAUACAAUUACUCGAUAUAAGGUAAGUGUUCACAUGCUGAGAUACCAUAUUUUCGUGUGGGGAACUGCUUCGAUUUUGACCGCGAUCACAGCAUAUAUGGAUAUGCAAGAGAUGUCCGACUCUGACAGGGAUAUAUGGCAGCCUGGUGUGACUCGUUACGGAUGCUGGAUCGAUAUUAAAAAUUGGUCAGCUAUGAUUUACUUGUAUGGUCCUAUAUUGCUUUCAAUCCUUAUCAACUCAACACUCGCCAUUGUAACCGCAAAGCAUUUGUAUGUGCACCAUAUGAAAACCAAUCAAGUCUGGAACAAUUCGGAGAGUAAAAAGAAUUUAAAGAAUAAAUCUGAUUUCAUCCACUUUUUCCGGAUUUUUCUCAUAUCAGGAGUGUUUUGGAUAAUGGAAAUAUUUGCAUAUUUAUUGAACAUAGAAUUGUUUACCUUAAUUAUAGCUGGACAAGGAUUAAUACUGCCUUUCGUAACUAUCUGUAACAAAAAUGUUAUUCGUGACUUAAAUAAAAGGUUGAACCCAAAUAGGAAGAAAGAUUACGAACCUGUGACAAGCGUGGAAACAUCAACUACAGAUGGAACGCUUCAUAAUCUGACCAGUAAUAGCGCUCUAGAAAAGCAAGACUAUUGCCUGCUGCCACAUAAAUUAGAUGAAAAUUAUUAUCUUUUACCUCAGAUCAUAAAGAAGGAUAGCGAAACUGUUAUAGAGCUGGACUUUAUUAGUGCCAUAAGAGUUAUCUCUGUGUUCUGCAUAGUUAUAAUUAUUGCUGUCUAUUUGUAUUUGCCUCAUUUGCGAUCCAGAGCCUACAGUCAAUGUUGUUUAUAUUACUUUAUUUGCAUCGUCAUAUGUUUUAUAUUACUGUGGGUAGAAUCACUAACAAGGAGCAACAAACAGCGGCUGGCAUGCUAUUUCAUGGCAUGCUGUGGGUAUUACAUCGUCAUGUCUGCAUUCCUUUGGCUUCUGGUUAUUAACUAUAAUGUUUGGAAAUUACUCACCAAAUACCAGCAGCAAACAAAGAUGAAGAAGAAAUAUCAUAUUUUUGUUUGGGGGACUGCGGGGAUAUUACUUACGAUCACUGUAUGCGCUGAUAACUUGAGUCAAGGCAUGGAAGACACUUGGUGGCAACCUGGUAUAGCUGUGUACUACUGCUGGAUCAAUACUAACGAUUGGUCAGCCCUGAUUUACUAUUUUGGACCUAUAUUGCUCAUAAUUGUUAUCAAUCUAACACUCUCCACCGUUACCGUAAGGCAUAUAUAUGUAGAAACCAGAAAGAACGCCAAAGAGUGGAACAAUUCGGAGAGUAAAACGACUUUAAGGAAUAAAUCUGAUUUUGUCAUGUUUCUCCGAAUGUUUGUCAUCGCGGGAGUAGUCUGGGGACUUGAAGUUGUUUCCUAUUUAUUUGAUUUAAACUCUGAACUCGUUAUACGUAUUGUCUUUGAUAUAGUAACAACUGGACAAGGAUUAAUACUGUUUUUCGUUACCAUCUGGAAGAAAGACAUUAUAAAGGCUCUAUAUAAGAGAUUGGAGUCAAAAACAAGUCAUACUAAAAGUAAAAGCAACAUCAGUGAAAACAACGCCACAUCAACUUCCACAUAUAUGUCUUGUGAUGUAUUGGACGAUCCACAUUAUGAUGCUCAGGCUCGACCCAAAUGGAGACUCUUUCAGAAUGGAACACUUUAUAAUCCGGCCGAUGACGUUGAGCUAGACGAGAAGGAUUAUUGUUUCCUACCUUAUAAAGUUUCAGACGGAAAUUAUUAUCUGUUGCCUCAAACCAUUAAGCCGAAUAUCCAAUAUCAGAGAGAGUUGGACAUGAGUUGUGCUAUACGAAUUCCCUCUUUGUUCUGCAUAGUUAUAAUCAUUGUAGUGUAUUUGUAUUUGCCUCAUUUGCACAACGGAGUCUUUAAUCAAUGUUGCAUGUAUUACUUUAUCUGCCUUGGCCUUACAUUUAUAUGGCUAUGGGUGGAGUCACACUUUCACAAUAUAUACGAAAUAUGUUAUUUCAUAGCUUACUGUGGAUAUUACACCGUCAUGUCUACAUUCCUCUGGCUUCUUAUUAUCAAUUAUACUUUGUGGCAAUCACUCACUAACUACCAGAUGACACCUGUGAAAAACAUGCUGAUAUAUCAUAUUUUUGUAUGGGGCUCAGCGGCAAUUUUGACUUCUAUCACCGGAUACAUGGACUCCCAAGACAUAGAUGAGGAAAUAAAACAUAUCUGGUAUCCUGGUUUAGGGAAGUAUGCCUGUUGGAUAACAACAAACGCUUGGUCAGCAAUGAUUUAUUAUUAUGGUCCUAUAAUGCUCAUAAUUGUUAUCAACCUAACACUCUCAAUUAUAACCGCAAGGCAUUUGUAUGUGCACAAUAGGAAAACCAAUCAAGCCUGGAACAAUUCAGAGAGUAAAAAGAAUUUAAAGAAUUCGUCUGAUUUCAUGAUGUUUACCCGGAUGUUUGCAAUAUCUGGUGUUUGCUGGAUUCUUGAAAUUCUUAGCUAUUUAGCGAAACAAUCUUUUGAAUACAAUAUGUGGUCUUUCCAAAUAGUUAUGAGCGGCCAAGGGAUCAUAUUAUUUUUCUCCACUGUUUGGAAGAAAGACGUUAUAAAGGCUCUAAUCAAAAGAUUGGAGAAAACACACGACUGCACAACGUCAACAUCUCAUGAUUAACAAAGCGACAUCAAGAGUAAAUUUCUUUUUCCAAUUACAAAUACCAAUAAGCAAAAAAUUUAAAUAUUUUUGUUAUACAAAAUAAAUUCUAAAAUGACUUUCAAGAUGACACAUGUGUUUCAUAUAGUAUGUGAGGU